CCCCGUCAUCUCCUCACCUUUCCCCAUCAUCAACCCCCAUCCUCCCUCCGCAACCCCCUUCGUUCAGCCAGAUUUUCGUUGCUGAAGCUUCAGAAUACUUCUUGCCAACUGGAUUGAUUAGGAAGAACCGCAAUAAUGGGCUCCCCCUUCGACAUCAAUGGCGGUGCCUGUGUCGCCAUGGUGGGCAAGGACUGCGUCGCCAUUGCCUGUGACCUCCGCUUGGGCAUGCAAGCCCUGACUAUCUCCAACAACUUCCCCAAGAUCUUCAACUACGCCCCCUCCACCUAUCUUGGCUUGACAGGCCUUGCAACCGACGUCAACACCGUCUCGGACCUCUUCCGUUACAAGGUCAACAUGUACCGCCUGCGCGAGGAGCGCGAUAUCUCCCCCCAGACCUUGGCCAACUUGGUUAGCUCAUCGUUGUAUGAGAAGCGCUUUGGUCCAUUCUUUGUCAGUCCCGUUCUGGCAGGAAUCAACCCAACGACCGGAAAGCCCUUUAUUUGCGGGUUUGAUAGUAUCGGUUGUAUCGAUUUCGCCAAGGACUUCAUUGUCAGCGGAACGGCGAGCGACCAGCUCUUCGGUACCUGCGAGGGUCUGUGGGAGCCGGAUCUUGGCCCCGAGGACCUGUUCGAGACCAUCUCCCAAGCACUGCUGAGUGCCGUCGACCGAGACGCCCUCUCCGGUUGGGGUGCUCAGGUGUAUAUCAUAGAGAAGGACAAGGUCACCCAGCGACUACUGAAGGGACGUCAAGAUUAAAGAGAGGGAUGGACACAGGGGGUUCACAUCGGUUAUUAUUGGGCAUUUUGUUGGUCUGAGGGCAAACUCCGGCGUCUGUGGUCUCCACGUGAUGAUGAUAUUCCAUCGACGGUCAGCUAUGGGCGAAAUGCUGCAGCAGUGACGCGAAGGCAGACGGCAUUUCGAUCCAGAAAGUACCGAGCCCUCGACUAUAUGUUUCUCUUACUCCUAUCAUGAUAAUACAAGCACCACCAUCACGUCACGAUUUUGGCUCCGAGACAUAAAGAUUUGUCUAACUUGAGACGCCUCGAUAUCGAUACUAAUAGCGCUGACCUUGCUCAUAAGUCAAUAGCCAUCUUUCCCCUGGACAGCUUCGUACGCUGCUCCAUCUCUCCCAAAGAACUCUUUAAGAUCCCCUGCGAGCAAUUCAGGCACCUCCCACGCCGCAAAAUGGCCGCCGCGGUCAAACUCCUUUUCCUUGACCACAUUCCCGAUGGCAUGGUACCAAGCCAUGG